AUGAGCCACGCCUCGGCUCAGAAGGGGGCCGCAGCAGGCUGGUUGGUGAGCGCGUGGGCGAGGCGGGGCCCAGAGCCGGCAUCCGCCGGGGCUCGAGCCGCGAGGGAGGUCGGCGCAGCGCAGUUUCGAGUGCAGCGAGGCCGAGGGUUCUUCAAUGGGGCAGGUAUAUCUUCAGAAAAUGCUGCCACAGGGGCAAAGCACAGGCUGCCAUUUGCCGCCAAUGCCGCACCAUCAGAGUCAGCAAUUGGAAGUCCUCUGACUGUUUCUGAGCAGCCGCCACCCAAACUGAGCGGAGCGGAGAUCAGGGAGAGGUUCCUGAAUUUCUAUGAAAGGAAGGCACACCAGCGCAUGCCUAGUUCAUCCCUUGUCCCUGAUGACCCCACAGUACUCCUGACGAUCGCUGGGAUGCUACAGUUCAAACCAGUGUUUCUUGGACGGGCACCUAAACGGUAUUCAAGGGUGACCACAACUCAAAAAUGUGUGCGGACCAACGACAUUGAGAAUGUUGGAGUGACAUCUCGCCAUCAUACAUUCUUUGAAAUGCUGGGGAACUUCAGCUUUGGAGACUACUUCAAGAAAGAGGCCAUUGCCAUGGCAUGGGAGCUGUCAACGAAAGAGCUGAGGAUACCCAAGAGCAGGAUUUGGGUGAGUGUGUACACAAGUGAUGACGAUGCCCUUGCCAUUUGGAGAGAUGACAUUGGCGUCCCUGAAGAGAGGAUACAAAGGCGUGGGGAAGAUGACAAUUUCUGGGCUUCAGGGCCAACAGGGCCCUGUGGCCCAUGCUCUGAACUGUACUACGACAACUGCCCUGAGAAGGGCACAGCUGGUGCUGACCUUGGGGACGAUGACCGCUUUGUUGAGUUCUACAACCUGGUUUUUAUGGAGCUUGACAGAGAUGCUGAAGGGAAGUUGACGCCCCUGAGUGCCAAGAACAUAGACACUGGAAUGGGGCUGGAGAGGGUCGCCCAGAUACUCCAGGACACUCCCAGCAACUACGAGACCGACUUGAUCUUCCCUAUAAUACAAAAAGCUGCCAAGCUUGCUAAUGUGGAGUACAGCUCAGCCGAUGAAAUGACAAAACGGGCUCUCAGGGUCAUGGGGGACCACACAAGGGCUGUGGUGUACCUCAUCUCCGAUGGUGUGCGGCCAUCGAACAUUGGAAGGGGAUAUGUUGUCCGAAGGUUGAUCAGGAGGAUCGUCAUGAAGGGUCGCUUGCAAGGCAUCAAAGGGGCUUUCACACCAGCACUGGCAGAUGUUGCCAUCAGCCUGUCUGACGGCUGUGACCCUGCGGUCAGGAAGAGUGCCCAGAGGAUCACCACUGUGAUAGCAGAGGAGGAAGAGCAGUUCAGUCGCACACUUGCAGCAGGCCAGAAAAAACUACAUGACAUUGUAGAGGCAUACAGACAGCCAGGGUCUAGCUCAGAAGUUAUCAUGAGCGGUGAAGAUGCCUUUGUACUAUUUGACACGUACGGGUUCCCCCUGGAGCUGACUCAAGAAAUUGCUGCGGCAGAAGGCAUGCAGGUCGAUGUUGCUGAGUUUACGGCCCAGAUGGAGAUUCAGAAACAGAGGUCCAAGCAAGCCCGCGGGCAGGUGGACAUGGGUGCCCAGUCCACCAUCGAUUCCCUAAUGGGUACCAUGGGAUCCACAGAGUUUCUGGGGUACAGCCAAUUGGAGGGUGAGGGCAAAGUUAUAGCCCUUGUGGUGGAAGGCGAAUCCAGAGAAUCUGCAGGAGAAGGGGCUGAGGUAGAACUUGUGUUGGAUCGGACGCCGUUUUAUGCUGAGUCUGGUGGUCAGAUUGGGGACCAUGGAUUCUUGAGGGCUGUUGGUACAUCUGGGGUUGGUAUUUUCAGGGUCAGUGAUGUCAGGCAGGGAGGCGGAGGUGAGCUGCAUGUGCACACAGGAGCAGUGGAGUCUGGCAGCAUUGCAGUUGGGCAGACGGUGUCUGCAAGUGUUGAUUCGUUGAAGCGGCAAAGGGUCAAGUGCCAUCACACAGCAACCCACCUGCUGCAAGCUGCAUUAAAGAAAGUUCUUGGGGAGGACACCUCUCAGCAAGGGUCGCUUGUGGACUUUGAGCGACUCAGGUUUGAUUUCAAUGCGCAAGGGGCCAUGACAGAGAGCAACCUAGACGAGGUUGAGCGGCUGGUGAAUUUGUGGAUCCAAGAGGCACACAACCUGGAGACGAUGACCAUGCCACUCACUGAGGCAAAGGCUGCUGGGGCGACUGCAAUGUUUGGGGAAAAGUAUGCUGACGUUGUCCGCGUUGUCGAUGUUCCUGGAGUGUCCAUGGAACUUUGUGGAGGGACACAUGUUAAAAACACAUCAGAGAUUGGGGGCUUCAAGAUCGUAUCAGAAUCUGCAAUCCAGUCUGGCAUUCGGCGCAUAGAGGCUGUCGCUGGACCUGCAGUUAUUGACUAUCUAAACAAUGUCGACAAGGUUGUGAGGACCCUGAAGGGGAGUCUGAAGGUCGAGGUUGACAAGAUACCAGAAAGAGUGACUGCCCUGCAGCAAGAUCUCAUGGGAAGCAGGAAAGAAGUUGAGGCCCUUCAAAAGGAGUUGGCACUGGUCAAGGUGGAGGCACUGGCAGGCCAAAGCAUUACACUCGAUGGCGGUGCUAGCCUCCUGGUGGCUGACCUGGAUGGAGUUGAUGGCAAAUCCAUGCAGGAGGCAGCUCAGAAGCUGCUUGAUGGAAUGGGAGACCCAGCUGCAGUGCUGCUUGGGUCUGCGGGUGCUGGGCGCGUCAGCCUGGUCGCUGGAUUCAGCCCCGCGGUGGUUUCUGGGGGACUGCAGGCUGGCAAAUUCGUUGGAGGAAUUGCCAAGAUUUGUGGAGGGGGUGGGGGCGGUCGCCCAAACCUGGCUCAAGCUGGAGGCCGACAGCCAGAGAAAUUGGAAGAGGCUCUAAAGGCUGGCAGAUCGCAGUUGACAGAGGCUUUGAACUUGCUCCCUUCGUAA